AUGGAUAUAUUCGCUCCACCUGAUGUUCGUGAACAGAAACUUGCGGAAGCGCUGAAAGAUUGGUGUGUUGAACGAGCACAACGAUUUGGAGUGCAAAUUAGUGAUUUCAUCUCAUCGUGGAGAGAUGGCUAUGCCUUAAAUGCUAUCUUAUUGUCUUAUAAUCCCGAUCUAUUCAAUAUGGAUCAGAUUCGAGAUAUGCGGGCAACUGAUCGCAUUGAACACGCGAUGAGUCUAGUCGAACGAGACAUUAACACUCCACGUCUUCUUCAACCAAAAGAUUUUUCCAGUGAACGUUUGGAUAUGAAAAGUGUUGUAUGUUACUUAAUGGUACUUUAUCUCUCAUUAACUGCUGGAGUUCCAUCACCGAAAUCUCAACCUCCAUCACCACCAUCUGAACAGCCAACAGAAUCAUUGGAAUCUUCCAAAAGUCCACAAAGUCCAAUGAUAGCCGACGAAAAAGAUGCUGUAAAUGAAGAUUCGCAACCCGUGGUAAAUUCAGUAUUACCAUCGGGAGCGACUGCUCAAACUGAAAUGGAAUAUCCGUUACAGAGGCUUCUGGAACAACCUUCUUCCGCUUCGGCAUCGAGGAGACAAUCACAGCAAACUUCCGAGAAUAUUGAAAUUCAAUCACGCAAAUCUUCCACAUCAAGCCAGAAAUCAGCUCGACGACGUGGUAAAUUGAUGGAAGAAACGGUUGCUGAAUAUGAAGAAUGCUUGGAACAUGUCCUGGCAUGGUUACUUCAGGCGGAGGAACAAGCUAAUUGUAUGAAGCCAAUUGAAAAAGAUAAUGUGGAGUUAGUGAAAAGUCUAUUCAAAGAGCAUGAAAUGUUUAUGCAAUCAUUGACCGAAAGUCAGGAUGAUGUUGGUCGAGUACUGCAUAGAGGUCAACAACUGGUGCAAAAAAUGGAGGAAGAAGAAGCGGCGACAAUUGUCUCUCAGUUAUUAAUGGUGAAUGAAAAAUGGGAACGAAUUAGGGAAGUUUCAAUGUCACGACAAAAUCAACUUCAACAUUGUUUGAAUACAGUUCAAAUUGAGCAACUUGAAUCAAUCAGGAAAUGGUUGGAUAGCAUGGAAGAAGAAAUCAAAAAUGCGCCACCUCUAACAAUAAAUCAAGAGGAAAUUAGACAAUUAAUUGAUGCUCAUACAUCAAUUCAAGAAUGCAUCGAAAAUGAGCAAAAAAUCGUUCGCGGCUUAUCAACAUUUGUAGCUGUGGUGGAUGAAUCAGAUUCUCAUUUUUCAUAUGAAAAUUUGGAGAAAUUAUUACAAUCUGUUGGAGAAAGAUGGAUGAGUGUCUGUGAAUGGGCUGAAAUGCGUGCACGACAAUUAAAUGGUUUAUCAGAAUUGAUCCCUCAAUACAAUUCAGCUUAUCGGAAGAUUUUGGGAUGGCUUGAUAAUUGGAAAGAAGAUAUGGAAAGCUUACGGGCUAUAGAUGAAUUAAAGGAGGAAAAUGAAAUAGUCGAUCAAGUGUGUCGAAUACAGAAAUUCGGAUCUGCCCUUCAGAAAGGUCAUCCUGAUUUUGUUCACCUUUCACAACUUGCCGUUGAAUUGAUCGAUAAACUUGAUAGUUCGAAUAAAGCAGAUGCUAAUCAAAUUCGACAGCAAAUUGAAACGGUAACCGAACGUUGGGAUAAUAUCGUUGCUCGAAUUGAUGAACACUCCCAUAUGCUAGUGAAAAGUGGAAAAGCAGAAGCACGACAGCUUCGACCCGAUGAUGGUAAUGAAAAGAAUUAUGGUGCUGUUGACACCGAUAAAUAUCGUUUUCUGGAGAUGGACAAUCAGCCAGAAAAUAAAUUACUGUCGACGGUACAGUUUACCUCGCACGAAACACUCGAUCCGACGGUUUCUUCCUCGUCAACUCCUUCGAUCAAUACAAUAAUUUCACCAGUUGAUGCUUUCAUUGCAAAUGUAAAUCGAACUGGUGAGGAAUUGCAACCAUUACUUGAAUGGUCAUAUCAAAUUAAAAUCACUCGAAAUCCGAAUGAACUCCAAAAUAUCAUACAAAUUUGUCAGGAUAAGUUGAAGGAAAUUAAGGAAAAAGAAGCAGAAGUAAAUGCAUUGCAUGCAGAAUUGGAUCGAAUUCAUAAUUUGGAUAUUUCUCCUUCUCAAUUACAACUUGCAAACGAUUCAUUUCAAAAUUUCACUCAAAUUUGGUCCAAUAUUGUUACCAAAAUAUCAGAUUUAUUAAAUUCCCUAUCAAUGCAAGGUAUCUCAACUGAAGCUGAAAACGAUGAGGAAAUGGAACGAAUAGUAAAACAAUUAACCGAAUUUUUUGAAAAAUCCAAGAAUGUUGUUUCAAAUUGCGCUCAAAUACCGUUAAGUGAACGUGAGGAACGUGUGGCCAAAUUACAAAAACAACUACGAGAACAGGAUAAAAAUAUUAGAUUUCUAGAAGCGAAUUAUUCUGAUAAAGAACAAAUUGGAGAUUUAAAGAAACGUUUGGAGGAGUUGAAAGAAUCAGUGGAGAAACUGAUGGAAAAAAAUCCAGUUAUUGAACGUUUCGAGAAUUACCUACGUUCCACAUUUCCAUGUGCCGGUGAUAUCAACACGUUAAUUACCGAACUUGAACGUUGUGAUGAAUUACUCAAAGAGUUGGGAAAUUUAAAUCUAAAGGAUCCAAAAGUGGAGCAGCUGGAAAAGUUAGGCAAUGCCAAACGUGCCAGUCUCGCGGAUUAUUUAGAAAGAAGCCAUCGGAAUGAUGAAAUGAUAACCGCAUCUGAAAAUAUGCUCUCCGCAUUAACGGAUCGAUUUGCCGCUCUGAAAAGCGCAAAGCUUGAAGUAACUGAGCUAUACAAACAGUUCACGGAACUGCAAAAGGAUAUCCAAAAAGGCCUAACAAUUCAGAAAGAAUCGGUAGCUCUGAAUGAAGAAAUAAUGUUAAUAACGCUCAAUAGUUCAGCGUCCAGUCGUGAUCGAAUCUUCCAAAAGUUAAAAAAUCGGAUGCAAUUAACUGUUGCUGGUUGGAGUACCUUAGAAGAUGAUAUCGAUGAAAGUAUAGCAUUACUGGAAAAAGAAAGUAAACGACUCCAGCAAAGUGCGAUGCGAGAAUUUCAACGAAAUUUAGAUGAGCUUCGACGUGCAAUCAAUGCAAGUCGUGAUGCAACCGAUGCCGAAGAAUUCAGCGAACAUUUAUAUGUUCGAAAUUUGGAACAUUUAUGUGAAGCAAUGGAAACGGCUGACAAAGAAUUAGAAGACUUAUCGAGAAUAAAUGAACGAAUGGGAAGAGAUCUUGUUCACGUACGUGAACAACGUCAUGAUGUAUUGGUGCAAGCAAAAGAACGUAUCGAAGAACUUGAGGCAGCCAUUCAUAGUUGUGAGCAAUUUGAUAGUUCCUUAACUGAAUGUCAAGCUUGGUGCAAUCACGUGCAAUUGAUACUGUCAUGUCGAGCUGCAAAUGAUGUUUCCGCCUUGGAUGUACCUCAUGAAUAUAAGCAACUUCAAAAAGAAUUCGAUGAUUUCGAGUAUUGCAUUCGAGAUCUACGAGAAUUCGUUGUCAAAAAUACCAGUGAUUGGGGUACACCAAAUCGGUUACAAUUACAGCUGGAUCAUAUUACUAAUCAGUUCGAAGAUUUGAUGGCACGGUUUGUUGAAUUCAAGCAGCCAAUUGGUUUGGAAGAACGAGCUGAAAGAUUGUCUCGAGAAAUAUCGGAUAUGGAAAAUAGUGUUGAUGAAUUGACUGGUGUACAAGCGGAAAGCUGUAAACAAGCUUUGGAUCAUACUAAUGAAAUUGCUAGACGACUUGCUAUGGCAAGAACGCAUUUGGAAGAAUUAGCUGAAUCUGGAAAAAUGUUUGCAAAGGAACAAAUUUUGACGCCAAUUGCUGCAGAAGUUUUGGACCAGAAAGUUAGCAAAUUAGACGAGAAACUGAAAAAUUUGGGUGCAAGAAAUACCGAAAUGGUGGAACGCAUGCAAAAUUGUGUAACAUCACUGGAUGCCUUAAAUCAUGAUAUGAAAAAAUUGGAUGCAGUAUUUGAGAGUGUAGAAUCGAGACUGAAUGCUUUUGUCCGAUCAGAAAAUAUAGAAACGGCAGAUGCGGAUCGAUCAACUUUGGAAGAAUUAUUGGAAGAUCUUAAUAUAGGUGCGUUAUUGUUAUCGAAGGCUGAAAAUGUCAUGCAACAAUUAGCAAUGGAUUCAUUCAAAGUUGAUGAAAGCAUUAUAGAACAACGGAAACGUCGAGCUUCACGCUUGCAAGGCGAUUUGCGAUCAUGGAUUGAUGCUAUUAAAUGUGUCAGUGAGGACAAUAUCGCACUCCUGCAAAAAUUUGAAACUUUGCAUAGCCAACUAAAGGAAUCGUUGACAGAAAUGGAACAAAUUGAAAAUGCUGAUAUGUUAUUGGCUGCAUUAGACAGGUGCAGAUCGGAUAAAAAUGUUUUCAUCGAACGGUACCGUCGAUUGCUAAGAUCAGAUCCGGAAGCGGAAACAAAAUUUUCAGCGGUGGAGAAGCGUUGGAAUGAAAUGGAGAAAAAAUGUCAGAAAGCACGAAGCAGUUCACCUUCCGGUCCAGCACCGCCACAACUACGUCAUGAUACAAUUGGAGGAGGUUUUCGUGAUCAAAUCAGUUUAUUGCAUGAUUUAUACAAAAUUGCUAAUGAUUACCUCGAUUUUGAUCGUUUUCCGGUUUCCUCCGUUAGUGAAUGGUCGCGACGUGUUCAGGAUGUUGACGAGUGGCUCAUUGAUUAUACGGAGAGAUUGAAAGCAGCAGUCGAGGAGGGCCGUCGUUUGGCAAGCAGCGGUCGUAUGGAACUUGAUGUUCACGAUGCCUUGGGUAGUUUGGAUGGGGUAGUUGAUUUGGCAAAUCAGGUGGAAGGAGCUUUGAAGGAAAACAAAGCUAAUUUGCCUCCUGCACAAGCCAAAGCGGAAGCUCUGGAACAAGAUAUUAGCGCAAUGUGCGAUGUACUGGACAAUCUUUUAUCUCGCGAUCUAUCGGAAUCAACAAUUGCCAGUGUCAGAUAA